AAACCCUCUUGUCUCUCUCUUUCAUUUAUUUAUUCCUUUCUUCAAACCUUCUUUGAGGCAUGCUUACUUAUUUUCUUUUGCUUUGAUACAUCUCUAUUGGUCUCUCUCUCAUUCCCUUAAUAUUGAACCAAUGAAGCAACAAAUUGGUUUGCUUUUCUUUGUUCUCCUUCUUUCCUCUUUCUUAGCUUCUGCCCGUCUCCUUGAACCACUGAAAGGUCCAAGACAAGGUGAGAAGGAAGUGGAGAUCAAUGAAAACGCUUUUCCUCAAUCAUCUCAUGAGCUAAAAGAUGAUAUGGAAGAACUCAUGGGAUCAGAGGAGUGCUAUAUGAAGGAUGAAGAAUGCAUUAGCAGAAGGAUGAUGGUGGAGGCUCACUUGGAUUACAUCUACACCCAACACCAUAAACCUUGAAUUAAUUGAACUUACACCUUGAUUCAAACUUCAAAGGCAGAGUAUUAAGUAUGAAUCCCUAUAUAUAAAACCAAUAAAUCCAUGUUCUGUUUUUCCGGGGGUUCUAGUUGUGCCUGUCACUAAAUAUGAACAAGGGAAUUAUCAACUAUAUCAGGCUAAGGAUAGAUGUUGAUAUAAUCACAUAAGGUUUUCGAGAUAUAUGUGAACUAUGAUUUAAGUAUAUUUACAAAUCACAAUCGUGUAAACUAUC